AUGGCUUCUCUCGAACCUCUUCCUCUCGGCUUGCUUGUGCAAAUGGAUCCAGAGCAGCUACAGAUCGCACUUGACGACUUUCGCUCUGCAAAAGAGCUACAGAGGAAAAAGAAUCUCUGUUGUCUGAAGCCGGCAAAUACCCCUCCAUUCUCAAAAUCAGGGUUCCACAAGAGAGUUAGUGAUGAAUCUGGUGAGAUUAGUGAUGGAUUUGGUGCUCGUGUUCUUCUACGAUGUGCUCAAGAUUAUCGUCCUGCUGCUGCUGUUGUUCCAUCUGGAUCAGGUGUUGAGCCUGCUCCACCGACGGUUGAAGAGGAAAUUGCGGAUUCUCUACGACUUUACCCGGCUGUAAAGUGCACUAAGGUCUGGACCAAGGAGCGGCAUUUACAGUUGCUUGCUGCGAGGUUCUCUUUGCAACCCGAUAAACGCAGCCCAAAGAAUAUCCACGAAGAGUUAAUGAAAUUGAGCUCUCCUCCGAAUGUUUCUCGUAAGCAAGUAACGGAUCGUAUGAGAGACGUGAAGAAAUACGAGAAACUUGCAAGAGCCAAGGAAGCCAUUGUUAAAUUUGUAUUUGUUGUAUUUGAGGAAGGUUGGCGCAUCGGUGAUUCGGUUUCUCUACAUCGUGUUAUGUUUUGGCUUGAUCUGACUUGCGUUGUGGUGAGACUUUGGGUUUUUCGCCUUCCUCUUCAGUCGAUCGUUUCGUUCGGCUAA